CCCAUAGUCAUAAGAACUACGACCACAUAACGAUAAAGACGUGUAAAUAUUAAGCAUGGCAUCGUUAGUUCGAUAAAUAAUGAAUAAAAAAGAAAAAAGAAAAGAUAGCACAAGAGUUUAAAUUGACUUUUGCAAGUAAUGUCAAUAUAUGAACAGUAAAUAAUGCUAGAAUACGACUACCCGAGUAUGUGGAUAACUCCACUGGAAAACUAUCCUAUGUCAGAAAUUGAGACCGAAGACGCCGAUAAGUUCAUGGAGGCUACCAUAUUUUAUGAUGCUGAGUUAAAACCUUCUAAGCAGACUAACGGCCUUACGGAAGCUACUUUAGUUGCUUUGGAAACGGGAGAAAUUACUCCUUUAGUAAAAGAGGAAUUAAAGUAUACCAUACAAUCAAGAAGAUUGGCAAAUGGUCAAGGCGAACUAGGGGUGGAAUUCAGUGAACCAGAACAGGGACAGCUGACGGAAGAAGAAAAAGAGAAAAUUAUUAAAAGACGAGAACAGAAUAAACUAGCAGCAAGACGAUUCCGUCAACGUCGCCGAGCGAAAGGACCAGUGUAUGCCAAGCAAGUAAAUGAAUUAGAGGCGGACAAUACGAGGAAACUGACAGAGAUCAGACGUCUGCGAAAAGAGCGGGACGAACUACAGGCGAUGUUACAGAAUCAUCUAUUGGUCUGUCCAACGGUUACCAUACACACUGGAUGAACACUGGACAAGGAGUUUGUGUGUAUAAAAAUAUCAAGGAUUCACUGUUUAUAAGUGCAGAGAAUACAAUAUAAACAUGUGUAAAAAAAGCGCGGAGCUCUGUAUAUAUAUACAAGAUCAUUGUAAAUUACAUCUACAACGAUUCUGAAGAAACUUGGACACAGAAUGUACAUAUAUAAACUACAUGUAUGACAAUACUGUCGUGGGGUUUAUGUAUUACAAAAGUUGUCAAAAUGUGUUUAUUUUGUAUAUAUGCAGUUGGGAGUUGAAACAUUGCCGUUUUCAUAUAUUUAGUUACCAAAAAUAAUACAGAAACAGUAUAAGAACUAAAAGAAAUACUCUUUUUGCAAAUUGAAAAAUGGUUAGUGCAAUUUUGUCAUACAAGUGGUGCUUGCAAAUAGUAAUGUAUAUUAUCUGCUGUAAAUUUUAAGAUCUGAUUCUUUUAAAUCAUUAGAAAGAUUUUAAAUUAUGAAAAUUAACUAGUCAAAAUAAUUGUAAUUGUAACUAGUCGAUGUAUAACCUAGGACACCACUGUGAUUAAAGACUUGAGUUAAGGUCUGACUACUUAGAGCGUUUAUGUAAAUUUAUUUUUGACGAUUUUUCAUUUUUUUAAGAAAAAAUGUAUUAUGUGCAAUCUUUGUUAACUGAGUAAGAAAUAAAUGUUUCUUAACAGAUUUUAUAGAAUCUCCUUAGGUUAACCUUAAAUGGUGUGAUAUAUUGACACGACAUGGACGUGUACAUUCAGAUUAUAAACUGUUAUUUACAUUAAAUAUUUUAAAGUUUA